CUAACUGCAAGCUGCAAGUCGAGUGCAUCAGUCGCGCGGUGUGAGUGUCCACGUAUCGACGCGCGCGCAAUCAUGUACACCACCGGGCUACAGGCUGAAGACUCGUGGCAGAUGGACAGUGAGGCGGCUCACGAUCGGAGUCGUUCGCACGACACAUCCGAGAUCACAUGUGAACUCGAGCUGGUGACUAUCGUGUUUUCUGUGGUGGUCGCUGUGGUGUUGAUGGUGCUGUGCGCCGCAUGCGUGGUCUGUCGCCACUCCCGCUAUCACCGCGUGUUCCGGAUUUCUCCUAUCGGUAUGACUGCAGUUUCAUCCAAUUCUGCAGAAAUGAGAAAACGUUUCCUUGAAGAGCAUCCGAUCGGGUCUGAUACAAGGUGUUCCAACAUAGCUACAGUGUUCAGGACUUUCCCGGAUUUGGAGAAGGAACGCCGGCGAGUAGACGGGUCACCUGACGCAAUCCUCGCCAUUCGCGCACCUUGGGACCAAACUGUCCAUCCUAAAGAUUUAAUCCGACCAAGAGCGUUCAUCAGCACCGAGCGCACUGGUAGUCUUAUACGCAUUAAUUACGAGGAAGUGGUAGCGCGAGUGGAGGAGGCACGGAGGAUGAGGCAUAGCGCGGGAGGGGCAACGUCCGCGCGCCCGCUCCCGCGCCCUUCCGCGCCCCCGCCAGCACCCCGCGCCGCCGCCAGCGCUCCGGCCAGCCCGAGGGACUCGACGCCAACGACUUCGUCGCCUCCUAGCACUAGCUGACUGCUUGAUACACUAACGCACUUCUGCGAACACUAAAAAGAUUCGAACGCCUAUGGUACUAAAGUUACUCUUUGAAUUUAAAAUUUAUUAUGAGAAAAUAUUUUUAACAAUAAUUAAAUUUAGGAAUAUUGACUGUAUUGAUUUCAUCUUUUCUAUAUAUUUUAACGUAAGAGUUUUAUCUAAAACUAGCUUCUGCACGCGGCUCCGCCCGCAUGAUAAAAGCUUUCCCGGGCUAAAGUUUUCAGUUAUAAAAGUCACGCUAUAAGUAUAUUUUCUCGGGAUAGAAAGUUGUCAGUGUUCUUCCAUAUAAGUCUGUUGGGUAGUGUUUGAGUGUAACGCGUCAGGCAGACAGAUGCAGCGCUAUGUAUGGGCCGCGGGCAAGAGCAAGAACUAAUAUAAUAAUAUAGAUAUAAGUGUCCAUUUUGUCUUGAAGCUUGUGCAAGCCAUGGCCCGUGUAACUAAAAGUUGCUGAUUACAAACAAACUGGAAAGAAAAUACGAAUGAGAUGGUGACCUUCCACUAAUGACGUUCACUACAGAAUUAUAAUGUUUUCCUAAUCAUAAAAUAACAAGUUAUUCAGAAUAUGUUUUUAAUUACAUUAACUAUAAAGUCCGAAUAAAGUUUGGGCUCUUUUAUCGCAUUUCAAUUUAAUAUUUACAAAUGAUGACAGUUACCACAGCGAUGUGACGACUUGUAGUUAUCGAUGACGUCGAGCAUCUUAUACUUUUUGUUUUAGAUUUUGGAAAGACGAUACCUUAAAAUGUUUGCAUACGUCGUAUUACAAUAUUCAAUUGGAUACCAGAAAAAAAUGUUAUUGUUGAAAACAUUCAUUUGUAUUCAUUUUAAACAUAAAACCUAGACUCAGGGGACUUCAAAAAUAUUAUUUUAAGAUUUAAUCUUAGAGCAAUAAAAAUAUUUUGUUAUUUAAUACGACGUAUUGUUUUAAGCCCUUCAUUUUAAACAAAUUAAGUAUAUACUGUUUUGCAAAUGAAACUGGUGCCUACCUUGUAAAUUUCGUAUAAAUCAUAGCAUGGAGCGUUGCAUAACGCGUCGAUAAGGUCGGAUGACUAUCCCGUGGUCAAAUCCAAAUUUAUGCACAGUCGGGCGUUGUAAUCGCAGGACAGCUUUGAUAGUAUGUAGCUGUGUAGGUAACAGGGUAUUUUUAUACUCUUUUACUUAUACGACUAUCGAAGCUGUAGGCGGAAUAGGAUAUAUUCGUAUCAAAAGCAUUUCAUAUAGGUAUAGGUAUUUAAAUAUAAGUAGGUACUCGGAUAGCGGCUUUUCUAACUUAUUAGAACUCUCUAAGUACCUAAUUAACCUA